CCCACCUCUGCACCAGGGAGUUUCAGAGUCUUGGAGACAGCUUAUAAGCUGAUCAAGACUUGUAUAGAACAUGAUUGCGUCGCCAUCAGCUUAAAAAUCAUCGAAGCGGUAGCCAUGCGGCUGGAUGCGCUCGCGCACUUGGAUACAGAUGUCGAUGAAGCGAGACUGCGCCAGUGCAACGUGCAUUACUAUGCGCUUCGGGUCCACUUGGCUUGGAUUCAAGGCAGACCGGACAUUGCAGAUCAUUUGUUUCUGAAACUUCCUGACUUGAACACUGGCGACUGCUGUGCUCUGGAUAUUUGCUUCAAGGUUGGGAGCUCGGCAUUGUCAUGCAGGCAGUACGAUGUGGCGGCGAAGUGGUUGGAAAGGGGGUUGCAGCAAUGCAAGGUGCUCGUUUCCAGUUCCAAAGAAUCUGAUGUAGCUUUGCGGAAUAAGGCGCUUCUGACUCUGCAUGCUUUAGUUCGAGCGAAUAAAUACCUUGAUACGCAUGACUCUCGAGACAAUCUUGCGAGAGCCCUCGAGCAGCUCAAAUCUCUAUAUAGCAAUGUGUUUUCAAUUCGGCUUCUCGAGCUUGAAGUUCUUGCUCGAGGGGACAGAGAUGUGGAACAGUACUUUCAAGGUGAGUUGUGCCACUAUAAUUUAGAGCAGUUACUGAUAUUCAUGGCAGUACUACAAGACGCCUUCAAGGCGGUGGAUGCCUCAGAAAGUAGCUUCAGGAUGUGCGGAUGCCCAGCUCGAAUGACAAGGCAGCUCAGUAACCCUUGA